AAGAGAGGAUGAAGGUGGAUGUUAACGCUCCUGAACACUUUCAACAUGCCACACAAACUUUUUCUCUUCUGCCUGUUUUCUCUGCAGUCUGUUGCUUGUGCGAUGAUAGUUCAGUAUCCUGCAGUCGUGAAGGUGUUUCGUGGUGAAAUGGUCUCACUGGUGUGUGAUUUAGUGGAGCUCCUGACCAGCUGUGAUUCAGUCAUCUGGUUUAAAGUGCACUUGAGAACCAGAGAGAUGAGCCUGGCCACUGCUGUUCACAAUGAUCCCAGAGCGAGCCCAUGUACAGGACUCAUCUAUAACACCAGCAUGGCUGAUUCAGGGGUUUACUACUGCACUGCAAAACACAGCGUUAUCUCCUACUUGGGCAACGGCUCCACUGUCAUCAUUACAGAGCGCCAUCCUCGUCCUAUCAUAACGCUCUACGUCCCGGCUGAGAGUGUCGGACCCUCCAUCCCUCUGCAGUGCAUGGUGAUGGGGGUCGUCCCAUCUGAAGUGAAUGUUUCCUGGGUCGUCGGUGAAUCAGAGAUGACCGGGUGGACGGAGUCGGGCUGGACACACACCAACGACUCUGUAGAAUACACACUCGCUCAUAUCAACAUUCCCUCAGAGAACUGGGCGGAGACUCCAAAUGUGGAUUGUGUGGUCGAGGUGGACGGCAGACGCGUCUCUAAAUCUCUUCAACAAGGCUCCAGUCAGUUGUGUUCAUGGUUGAUGUAUUUGUGCUCCGGUGUCGCCCUCGUCGUUGUUAUUGUGUUCGUCGUUACUCUUGUUUCUUUACAGCAGGCAGGACGAUCUUGUGUGCCUACGAGAUUAACUAACUCUCACUUCAGUCGUCGAAAUGGAGGCAAAAAGAGGCCCAAGAGAUCGUCCGUACUGGAAUUGCAGUAUGCAAGUUUGGACCUCACCAGUAACAGACAACAAGGAAGCAAUACAUUAAACAGGAAUGUUGUGCUUAAUGAAUGAAUGAAUUAAUUAAUAAGUAAGGGAGUGAGGUAAUGAAUGAAUGAGUGAGUAAUGAAUGAGUGAGUUAAUGAAUGAGUUAAUGAGUGAGUUAAUGAGUUAGAUGAAUAAGAUAAUAAGUGAGUGAGUUAAUGAAUGAGUUAAUGAGUGAGAGAUAAUAAGUGAGUGAGUUAAUGAGUGAGUGAAUGAGUGAGUGAGUGAAUGAGUUAGAGUGAGUGAGAUAAUAAGUGAGUGAGUUAAUGAAAGAGUGAGUGAGUGAGUGAGUUAAUGAGUGAGUGAGUGAGUGAGUGAGUGAGUGAGUUAAUGAAUGAGUUAAUGAGUGAGAGAGUGAGUGAGUUAAUGAAUGAGUUAAUGAGUGAGUGAGUGAGUUAAUGAGUGAGUGAGUGAGUGAGUGAGUUAAUGAAUGAGUGAGUUAAUGAAUGAGUUAAUGAGUGAGUGAGUUAAUGAAUGAGUGAGUGAAUGAGUUAAUGAGUGAGUGAGAUAAGUGAGUGAGUUAAUGAAUGAGUGAGUGAGUGAAUGAGUUAAUGAGUGAGUGAGUGAGUGAGUGAGAUAAUAAGUGAGUGAGUGAAUGAGUUAAUGAGUGAGUGAGAUAAGUGAGUGAGUUAAUGAAUGAGUGAGUGAGUGAAUGAGUUAAUGAGUGAGUGAGUGAGUGAGUGAGUGAGUGAGUGAGAUAAUAAGUGAGUGAAUGAUUGAGUUAAUGAGUGAGUGAGAUAAUAAGUGAGUGAGUUAAUGAAUGAGUGAAUGAGUGAGUGAGAUAAUAAGUGAGUUAAUGAAUGAGUGAGUUAAUGAGUGAGUUAAUUAAUGAGUGAGUGAGUGAGUGAGUGAAUGAGUGAGUGAGUUAGAUAAUGAGUGAGUGAGUGAGUGAGUGAGUGAGUGAGUGAGUGAGUGAGUGAGUGAGUGAGAUAAUAAGUGAGUGAGUGAGUUAAUGAAUGAGUGAGUGAGAUAAUAAGUGAGCGAGUUAAUGAGUGAGUUAAUUAAUGAGUGGGUGAGUUAAUGAGUGAGUGAAGAAAAUCAUUAUGAUGUCUUGAAAUGUCCAAUAAAA